AUGAAACAAAUUGCGAAGAAGAAAGCCUCACCUGCAAAAAGAUUUAAAAUGCAGCAAAGGAAAAAGGAUGUUGGCCAUCAAGAUAUUGCUGCUGAAUUAGUGGUAGGAGUGGAUCAUGCCAAAGUGCAUCUUAAAUCGAAAACAAAAGUAAGCAUGGUUAACAUGAGACUAGUGGAGUUACAGAAACUGAUGCUACCGGACAUGAAACUGAUGUUGGUGAAUAUAAGACUACGGAAGCCGCAGAAACUGAUGUGUAAAACUGACUUUAUCAAUGCUGCAAAAUCACAUGGAGUGAAGUACGGAAGGAAAAUCAAGUUUAAGAAAAAUGAUUCAAGCGAAUGCAAAGCCAUAUGCAAUGGUAAGAGAUGCAUGUGGAACAUAUAUUGCUCAGUUAGGAGUGAUAAAGUGACAUUCCAAAUCAAAAGCAUGCUGCUGACUCACACUUGUGGUAGGACAACCUAUCAUGGUCUAGCAAGUGUGACAUAUUUGGCCAACAAGUACUUGGAGGACAUUAGACUCAACCCAGAUUUCAAUGUAGGUGAUUUUAUGAUAAAGGUCCACAAGGACUUGGGAGUUAGUAUCACACCUAACGUGGGGUAUAAGGUAAAGGCAAAAGCUAAACAGAUGAUACAUGGUGAUUUCGUGUCCCAGUAUAGCAAACUUUGGAGCUACUGUGAAGAACUUCAAAAGGCAAAUCCUGACUCUAAUGUGUUCAUGACUACAACUGAGAAUAAUGAGGGUGAUGAUGAGUUUCAGAGAUUCUAUGUAUAUCUAGAUGGUUGUAAAAGAGGAUUUCUGAAGGGUUGUAGAUAUGUUGUAAGUCUUGAUGGAUGUCACUUAAGAGGGUGUCAUAAGGAAGUUCUUCUCACAGCCGUUGGUGUUGAUCCAAAUGAUCAACUAUUUCUGAUAGUGUAUGCUGUAGUUGAAACUGAAAAUAAGAACUCUUGGAAAUGGUUUGUAGAAGAGUUAAAGAGAGAUCUUGAAAUUAUUGAUGAAAGCAUUUGGACAUUUAUAACCAACAAGCAAAAGGGGCUAGUUCAAGUUAUUCAAGAGGUACUGAGCAUCGCAUGUGUGUGCGGCACAUGUACAAUAAUUUCAACAAACAACAUCCAGGCCUAUCUCUCAAGGAAAGGAUAUGAGUUGCAGCAUGAGCUUCUUAUAAGAACAAAUUUGCUAGGUUGA